AUAAGCAACAAACUGAGAGAGAGGCCUUCCACUUUUUCUCUUCCUCUCCUCUUCUUCCUUAAUAAAAAUACAACCAUAUACAUAUUUUUUUUUGUGAACGAGAAUAUAACAAGUCAAAGGAAGGGGAAGCGUUUUACAGAAUCUUCUAGACAAGCCAUAUGAAACAAAACACGAAUGGGGGAGAGAGCAGCUCGAUAGCAUUCCCAUCAGCAUAAUAACGCUUGCAAAUAGAUUUCGUUGUAAAAGGUCGAUUGUAACCGUGUUUAUAUUUGCUCCAUGACCAUUUCAGGUAGGAAGGAUAAUAGAAAUACAGUGCGAUGCCCAUUCCCUCCUCCCAGCAGUGUGGCAAUGUCCUUCCAAUAAAUCCUUGCUUUAUAUAGCCUUGUGGCUUCACGCUCCUGACAUGAAAACAAGACUAUUUCCAAAGCUCCUUUUAAAGGAAUGCAGUAAUCAUGGCUGUUUUGAGUCAUCAAAAAGAGACUGCGUUUCAUCAUGUGUUUAUGAGCUCAAUGUUAUAUUGGAAUAAACAAAAAUGUGCCUUGAUGCUAUACUGUUACAUGGAUCUAAACACUAAGACAUCCACAGACGUCUGAUUAGAGUCAAUUAAGGCUGGUCAGUUUUGUUUUUGUCUUAGCCAUGAAAACACAUCUGGAAUUGGACAUUUAUUUUGCCAUUAGGUCUCUUCCAAAUUUACAAUAAGUGAGUCUUGGUUAGGUAAUGAGAUCACUCCUAAAUACCUUUCAACCACAUUUAAACCUGGACGUUUUUUCCGUCUUUUUUGCUAAUAAAUUGUCAAUAUUCUUUAGAUUUUUUUUGUCUAGUCAUGAAAAACGCGUCUUUUAAAAUUGCUUAACCUUUUAAACCAGUUUAAAAAUACUAUUAAGGGCAUUCUGUUAACUUCUCCCCUCCUUUUUUGGGGUUAAAUUAUUAGAUUGUUUAGAUGGAAGUUGUCUUUUAUGGCUAUCUAGAAUUUUACCCGUUUCCAAAUUAUCCAACGUGGAGCAGACAUAUUUGCAUUACAAUUGAACUUUCACUUCACUUCCUUUACUUGUUUUUAAGAAGCUAGUGGAUUUUAAACGUCUGUGAUUUAAUAAUAUUCUGGGACUAAAAGGAUGACCAUUCUAACCAUGUUAAGAACAUAGUUCUGUUUUUAAGCGCCAUGGUAUCCUUGUGUAAGAAAAGGCAUAGACAUGGAUAAUUACGUCAGUCACGUGUUCCCAAUGUCUAGAUUGAAGCAAUUCAGUCCUGAUCUGAUACUUGAAAAGGAAAAAAAGAGAAAAAUCAAACUCUAACAUAUACUGACAGAUAUCUUUAGGUAAAGGUUUUUCAUAUUUAAGCUUGUUUAGAUGUAGGGUAACAGAACAUAAGUCUGUUAAGCAAAUGUUUUCUUUGUAGAAAGGAAUACCAUUUUAACCAAAAAUUGACUGUAAUUUUCCUUAAAAGCAAGAGAAAAAUCAUAGAGACAAUGAUAUCCUUUCAUUUUUCAGCUGACAAACUUUGCCCCUUACCUGAACCACAUUUCCUGCUCUUUAAUAAGAAUUCAACAUAACUAUGUUUGGUGAUAUUGCUGGCUGCUUUUCUUUUUGGAAUUUUGGGAAAGCAGCUGAGGAGAUUUAGUUGCUGUUAAACCAUAAAUGCUUUAAAUACGCCAAAUUGUUCAGUUUUAAAUGAGGAUCGAGGGUUUGAUGCAGUUAGAACUGUAGCAUUGGUCAAAACGAGCUCACAUGCAUCAUGAUGUCAACAUUUUUUAGGGUUUAUAUUUAUUUUUCGACUCCAAAACUUAAAUAUGAAGAGCUAAUGGUGAAAUUUGUGUCUGUGUGUGUGUCUUUGCAUAUAUAUGUGUGUGUGUGUGGUGGGGGCGUUCUCGACUGACAUCCUCAAACAAUACGAGAAAGAGGAGUGCACGAAUCCGCGCACCCUGAGCUGGUCUCCUUCCCUGUAAUAGAGAGCGUCAGGCGCUUCUUAAAAAACACAUUUUGUGGCUUAGUGGACUGGACUGGAGGAGCGAGGCGAGGACGAGCUGAACGGACAGAGAUGUAAAUAAAAACAGUCGUGCAUGGCCCAGCUGAGCGAGGACUUUAGUUUGUUUUUUUCCUUUUGGAUCAAUCAGGCAGAGAGUGGCUUCUUUUGAUUAAGCCCCAAAUUGUCAUUGGACAGAGGUAAUCAUGUGACAGGCAAUUCGGUCCAAUUUCAACCUUGUCUCCAUGAAUUCUAUAGUUUAAUGGUAGCUCGGUUCCCAUACGGCCAUAAUCAGUGAAAUAGAAAAAAAAAACACAUCGGGGGAUUUUUUUUAUAUAUUUAUUUUUAUUUUUUUUCUUCAUCGUCCUCACUGAGCCGCGACGUUUAUAAAAAUACGGCGCUGCAAACUUUCCUCGGCUCUCAGGGAGCGGAGAUGAAUUACGAAUUCGAGCGAGAGAGCGGUUUUAUCAAUAGUCAGCCGUCGCUUGCUGAGUGCCUGACAUCUUUCCCCCCUGUCGCUGAUUCAUUUCAAAGUUCAUCAAUCAAGAGCUCGACGCUUUCACGCCCGACACUGAUUCCUCCUCCCUUCGAGCAGACCAUCCCCAGCCUGAACCCGGGCAGCCAUCCGCGGCACGGUCGGCCCAGACACAGCCCCGAUGGCUGCAGCCCGCUGCCUACCGCCUCCCUACCCCCGGAGUACCCAUGGAUGCGGGAGAAGAAAGCCUCCAAGAGGAACCACCACUUGCCCAACUCCACCACUGCUGCUUCAACCGCCACCACCAUCUCCAACGGACCCGUGUGCUUCUCUCCGAAAGGCUCGCCUGAGAUCGUGGAGGGAGCCGGUGGAGGAGGGGGCUCCCGCAGGCUGAGGACCGCGUACACCAACACGCAGCUGCUGGAGCUGGAGAAGGAGUUCCACUUCAACAAGUAUUUAUGCCGACCGAGGCGGGUGGAGAUAGCGGCCUUGCUGGAUCUGACCGAGAGGCAGGUCAAGGUGUGGUUUCAGAACCGGCGCAUGAAGCACAAGCGUCAGACCCAGAGCAAGGAGAACCACGGUGGUGGGGACGCAAAGGGCCCUGGAGCCGACGACGGCAUUCAUAGCGAGGAGGACGAAGAGGGGGGCGGCCUGCUGUACGAGCAAAGCGGGCCCCUCCUGGAGAGAGAUACCUGCUCCUUUCAGAACAACACACAGCAGCAGCAGCCGCAGCUGCACAAUAACGGAGAGGCGGCCAGCUAUGACAAAAAUCUGAAACAUUUUCCCAACCCGUCACCCACUGUUCCGGGCUGCAUGUCAACAAUGGGCCCCGGCUCUGCAUCUGGGCCGGACAAUAGCGACAGCCCAUCAGCCCUGGAUGUUUCUUUGCACGAUUUUCAGCCUUUCUCCUCGGAUUCCUGCCUGCAGCUCUCGGACACAGCCUCGCCGAGCUUGUCGGAGUCUCUGGAUAGCCCCGUGGACAUUUCCGCGGACACUUUCUAUUUUUUCUCGGAAUCCCUAACCACAAUCGAUCUGCAGCAUCUGAACUAUUAACUCAGAGAAAAAGAAAAUCCUUCACAACUUUCCCUCCCCGUUUGUGUGUGUGAGAGAAUGUGUGUGUGAAGUAAGGCUACGACAUUAAUCCUUAUUGUUUGUAUGUGCGGCACAUUUACUCUCGUGAUAUUUGACUUGACGAUUAAUACAAGGUAAGGACGGAAUUAAAUCACUGUACAAGCUCUGGUUAAAGUAGAUUAAUUACCAUAACAACUUGAUCACUUGAAAUGGAAAUUAUGUGUGUGUGUGUGUGUGAAUUAUCCAACAGUGUUAGACCUAUAUGAAACUGGGUCGUUUUUUAUUUUUGUAUAGUUUUCUUGAAUAUUUUUGUUAGAAUACACUAACUUGCUACAAUCCUUCUGCUUGUGUUUGACUCUCUUCUUUUCACGAUUUCCAGAUUGAACUGUUUUUUUUUUACCCUCUCUCAAUUCUAUGUAAGCGAAAUCUAAACAAGCGAAAAUUAGGGGUUAUGCAAAUUAACAACAGGUUGGUAAUGAAUAUAAAUGAUCUAUUUAUAUUAGUUUGUAGACGGAACACUUGUUUGAAUAAAACAAGCAUUAUAGAAAGCGUUUAAAAACGUGAAUAAAUAAUACAAUUUCAUUUUUUUUUAAUCUUCCAUAGUAACUAUGUUAAUUGUAUAUAUAUAAAAUUUUAAAGAAAAAAACUAAUUAUAUAAAAUACAAUGUAAAACAGAAUAAAAUAAACAUAGCAAACUUUUAAAGCAAAAUAUUACAGAUUUUAUUAAUGUUUUUUACAACAUUAAUUCCAAGUGCAUAGGAUCAUAAUAUCAAUAUUUGCAUUUCCAACUUCCAAACUAUUUUUUUUAAGUAUAAUAAAAGGCACAUUUUCAUACAGAGAUCUAAGCAGGACAGGGCUGUUAACACUGAGUGCAAGUUGCAGGCAAAUAAUCCGAGCCAUGUUUGCCUUCAGGAGCUCAUAAAUCAACCCGAUGGCAUGAAAGAGAAGGACGUUAAGGGGAGCAAUUGUCGCGUAAUGUGCA